AUGGCGGAGAGGGAGCGGAACAUGCAGGAUACGACGGUGGCGUUGGUGUGCGCCUCGAAUAUGAAUCGGUCCAUGGAGGCCCAUCUGCGAUUGGCAAAGCAUGGCUUCCGCGCGUCAUCGUACGGAACCGGCAAUCACGUCAAGCUGCCGGGUCCCGCUGCCGAUCGCCCCAACGUCUACUCCUUCGGCACACCGUAUAAGACCAUCUACGAAGAUCUUAAAGCCCAGAAUUACGACCUGUACAAGCAAAAUGGAGUCUUGAACAUGCUGGAGAGGAACAUGAAGAUCAAGAACGCCCCCGAGCAGUGGCACGCCGAAGCAAAGCAGCACUUCAACAUGGUUAUCACGUUUGAGGAGCGAGUGUUCGAGGCCGUGUACGAAGACAUGCUCAACCGAGGGGCGCCGAACGGCCAGCCCUUGUAUCUUGUCAACGUGCCCACCAAGGACAACCACGAAGAGGCUUUGAUCGCGGCCACUCAAGUUUUGCAGAUGUGCAAGUCGUUGAUGGACUACGACGACUGGGAAGUGCACUUUGACGAGAACCUGGAGGAGUUUCAGCGCCGAUACAAGCGACCCGCAACGUACACCGUGUUGUUUUGGUAG